AGCUAGCAAUGAAUUUGGAGCUAUCAGAGCCAGUAAAAGAACGCCUGACUAAAGUGACGAGGCUCGGACAGAAAGUCUUCUACUAUGCUAUAAUCCCUUACAUCAUUUUCAAGGGACUUGGCACUGACGUUGACCCGGCAUCAGGUCUCCCUCCUCCUUCUAUUCUUAGUAUCAUAUUCUAGAGUCCUGCUCAAAUUCUGCUCAAUUCCUGCUGAGAGUUUGGGAAACCUUGACAUGAUGUUCAGACACGACCGUGUCUUUCUACAGAUAUAUUAUCACGCCACCUGACAAAGUGUAUGCAGCGAUCACUUAGUUUACUGAUACUGCUACUGGAUUGAUUGGGGUAUAAACUGGACAUUAUUGGUUUCACCUUAUAUUGACCCUCAUUAGCCCUAGGUUUCAAGUGCUGUUGAGCUUGAUCGAGUGAUUAUUGUUCCAUUUUUAAUGUGAUCGAUGCGUUCCCAAACGUUUUAGAAGGUUUUCUAUUCUAGAGUUCUUAUUUUCGACUAAUUUAUUUAUGAUAUAUAUUUUAGUUUUACUUCUAUUCAUUCGAAAACUUCAAGUGAAAUUCACCAUGUUAUACAGAAAAUCAUUAUUUUUACUAUUAAACACUCAGUUUAACAUACAGUUCUGACCACCAAUAAAUCCUCUAUCUUACAGUGUACGGAGUGUAUCUAGAGUUAUGACAGGAAUGUAAAACAUAUCCCUGAAUCAUGUCCGAUAUUGAAGAAGACUGCUACCCUCCUCAAGCACUACCAAGAGGCACACACACUCCCGGCGAGAAACCCCAAGAUGGCCUCCAAUACCUCUCAAUCGUACACUCUGAAGCAUCAUACAUUCCGGAUGUCAUGUCAGUUGACAGAAGCAUGUUCAACCUAAUGUCAGAUGAAACCGAACCACGUGAUGAGAAAACUUCACUUAGUUUCCCUCCCGCACUUAUCAACAAGCAAGUUCACAAGUUCUCCAAAUUAAGACAAUAUUGCAGCAGGAUGCAGAAGAUCCACCCAAACAAGCUCCAGGGAGACGAACUGGAACUGAGCAUUUCCAAGAAAACCUUCGACGAGCAGGCCAGUUUAUCUCUGGUACUGAGCUUGUCCCAAGUUUCUGUGUUUGAACUGCUGGAUUACGUUCAGGAUGUUUGUUUGUCUUCUGAAGAAAAGUCUAGAAAUCCAAGGGCUGUUGGUUCGUGGGUUUUUUCUCUGUUGUGUGUUAUUGAUAAACCUGUUCCCAUGGAUUACAUGUCCAUCAUAAGGGCGGUUGGGCGACGUUGUGCAGUCCUCAGCUCCGAAUUACUAACCACACUUGAUCCAGAAAAACUCGAUCUUUCCUCGAACGAACCUAAUUUUCAAUAUCUCGUCCUUUUCAUUCUAGUGUGCCACUAUUUCGAACAGUUGGAUUUGCUGGAGGAGUUUGGACUGGCCUCCGGUUCAUGACGAUCUGACAAAAAUGUUUUAAACGUUCAUUUAAAUGCUCUUUUACAAAUUUUUGAAGGUUGGAACCUUUUUUAUUCUUUCAUUUUUUACCAUCGACCAAAAAUUAGCUGUUUUAACUUUUAAUCUUUUAUCUUGAUGUUUGCAACAUCCCAAUUAUUGCUUCAUUUCAGAAUAAUGUAUCAGACUCUUCAUUCAUUCCUAAUUGAACUUCUCACAAUAAAGUGAUUUCAUUUUGUUGAUGUAGAUCAGAAUUGUGAAUCAGUUGGGACGAUGAGAAAAUAAUAAUACUGUGCUAAGUUAAGGUGAACUUGAAAAUCGAAUUAACGGUUAAAAAACUCCAAAUAAAAUAAGCUUGUAAAACCUAUUGUGUGCUCUUGACGGUUACAGUGUCCGACAUUUCCUCAUCCCCACACCAUCUCAGGAUGACUGGUCACCUCAGAACAGCUGUUCGGGCAGCUAAACGUGCAGUGAGCCACCUUAAUUACCCGUUCUGUACCCAGGAGAGAAGUGGUGUUAUCACUGCCCUGGUAGAUUGUGGGUGUAGGUGGUCACGUGGUGAGCUCAUGACUAUUUCUGAGCGGUCUAAAGAAUUGGAUAUUGAUCCUGUGAAGAUAAUAAAUGUUUACGACCGUAAUUACGACCCGACCCAAUUUAACAUAUCCAGAAAAGAGGCGAUGUUGAAUUUCUAUGUAAUCGACCAGAAGGGAAACAGACAUAAAAACUUGGAUGCUAUGCUGUUUCUGUAUUGGCACGCCGACAGGAAAGUUUACUGCCUGGCAUAUCCCUUCUACCGACCUCUAAAUUAUAUCUUCGAGAAACUGUGGCUACCACACCGGUUUAAAUUCUACGGCAGAGAUGAUGUGUACAUGGAGAUAACUGAAGACAAGAAAUAUAUGGAGUGGGCCAGAGGGAAUAGAAAGAAAUUAAAUGAUAAAGGAUGAACUUCGUGAGAUAUUGACACUGCUAGAUGUGAAAUGAUGAUCAUUUGAGUGCAUUCAGCUUUUGUGUUGUUGAUUCAUCAUUAAGUUAUUGUGGUUAUAAUCAAUAAUGGACAUUGUAUAUUUCAGAGAAAUCUUUGAAAGUUUGUAAAUAAUUUAUCUACUCAUUUAAGAGAAUUUGUAGAAUACGAAGUUGAAUAACUAAUAAUUCUUUGACAAUUUCAUGAAAUCUUCAGUUCUGGUUCGUUC